AUGGCAGGUAAUAGUAGCUCCGAGGGGUUGGGAGAUGAUUUCUUCGAACAGAUCUUAGCCGUACCGGAAGCUCCUGUGGGAUAUGGCAGAACCGUGGCCACUGACGUUGGAAUGUUGCAAUUGGGAUCUACAACUCCAACUUCUCUCAGAGGUGCUGGAAUAAUGCCUCUGGGCUUGAAUUUGGAGCAAUCUGCCUUUCUAAGACACCAUGAUUCCCGAAACCUAGUUGACGACGUUGUUAAUGUUGAUCCCACCGUUCACAAUAAUAACCACCACCACCACCAACAUCAACAUCAUCAUCAUCAUCAUCAUCAUCAACACCUCACUCUCCAUAAUAACAACAACUCAUCACCCUCUUCUACUGCACCCAUCACCGAUCGCGAUUCGAUGCAUAUGAGAGGUUUGUUUUCAGCGUUUGGGCAGUUGCAUAGUCCUACUCUUGUUCCCUCUGUCCGUCCCUCGCUGCCAUCGCCUCCACCACCUCCUCAGCCCCAACUCCACCUCCACCACCAUAACCAACAGGCGUUUCAGGGCCAGGGAGGUGGGGGUCCAGCGUCAAUGAGUGGUACCCCACAAGCACCUGGCAUUCGCCCUCGUGUGAGAGCAAGAAGAGGGCAAGCCACAGAUCCACAUAAUUCGUUUGUUUUAUCCGUCUAUAUAACAAUUGAUGUUUUUAUUCAUUUGUAUUGGAUGUAG